CUUGCAGAUCUGCUCAAAGUUUUAGCGAUGAGCUUUCAAAUACUACCGAGAAUUUAGGUGAAAAGUGCUAUCAUAAACAUGUCUGCGUCUGUUCAUUGAUUCUAAAGUGAUUUUAAUUUUUAGGUGUAUGUCACGUGGAUGAUGUAUUAUUAGUCCUCUACAGUAACCAUAACCACAUAGACCCGUCAACUACAGCCAGUGACAGAGCCAUGCAACAGAAUAUGCUCGAUUUUUGGGAAUCCUUAGCCAGCACUAGAUCUCCAGAUUUAGGCACGCAAUGGCCAAGGUUGAACGCUUCCUCUAGCGACUUUGAAUAUAUGAAUAUCGCUGGUCCUGGAAAGUUCAAAAUGAAGACUAAUAAUAAUUUGGGUGAGAUCCACUUCUGGGAUCAAAUAGGACUUUCAUCAAGUACACACCAUAAUAUAAAGGCAAUUGCAAUGUCUCAAUACGAACAAUUACUAUUUUGUAUAAAUUCACAGUCCAUCCUCUCAGCAUAUUCCAUCAAUUCAUAA